GAUGCGAAGUGACCAUAGAAAUGCCAUUUCCAGAAUCCAGAGCGCUGGGCUUAGUUGUUACCCUGAAGCAGGUCUCCACAUUUGGCCGAUCUGUUUCUGCUAGAUCUGUGCAUUGUACGCAAACCGGUGCUCACUGCUCAAGCUGUGAUAUUUCGGUCAAACCCAAAUUCAGCGCUUAGUCGCUGCAGUUGGCAUCCUGCAGGAGAAAGCUUUUCCGGACGCUCGUCAGGAUUUUCAUCCUAAGAAGUAAAUUAUUUAUGAUUCACCGGGGAGGCAUACUAGAGCAUCUUCUGUCUGACAUGCAAUCGAGCGACCACCGGGCUUGGUAGCGGGGAGUUUGUAGCGCGAGACGCGUAACGGGGAGUAGCGUGGAAAGAAACACGGCGGUUACAUGGGUUGAAGCAGCGUUUACGAGCAGUUUUACCAACUGGACACUAUGCCUGAUGACAGAACGUAACCUCGUUCAAAGGCAUCUUUAGCUGUCUGUUGUGACAGCGCGGUGGAUGUGAAGAUGGCGACGGGAACGGGCUGGCAGCAGCAGUACAGUCCUGCUUCUAGCAACCCCCCUUCAACCACUGGAUUAGGGAAUAAUCCUUCAACGUCGUCGAAUUUGUUUUACGAAACUGCUCUUACCAUGGAGUACACGCAAGACCUGCAUCUGAAAAUGAGCAAAAAGAUAGCACAACUGACUAAGGUCAUUUAUGCACUCAACACCAAAAACGACGAACAUGAGGACGCCAUCCAUUCCCUGAAGGAGGCCCACGAGGAUGAGGUGCAGCACAUCCUGUCGGAGACGCGCGAAAAGAUCCUGCAAUACAAGAGCAAGAUGGGAGACGAGGCCGACCUCAAGCGGCGCCUGCAGUCGCUGGAGGAGUCGGUCGAGCUACACGAACACAUGAAACGGCAGGCGCUGGCCGAGUUCGAGAUGUACCGACAGCGCAUGGAGGACACCCAGCUGUGCACGGAGGCGCAGCACACGCAGCGCGUGGUCAGCAUGUCGCGGGAGGUCGAGGAGAUGCGCCACGACUUCGAGGAGAAGCUACGCGCCUUCGGCCUAGUGCAGGCCCAGUUCGAACAGGAGAAACGCCGCGCCGUCGAGGACCUCAAAUCCACGCACCGGCAUGAGGUCCAGGACCUGCUGCAGAGCCAACAGAACCAGACCGCCUCCUCCACCAUGGACCAGGAGAAGCUGGCGGAACUGCACCGGGCCGAGGUGGAGGACCUCAUGGAGCGCGCGGAGGAGCUCACGCAGGAGAAGGUGCGCUUGGUGGAGGAGUACGAGGCCAAGCUCACCAAAGCCCAGGCCUUCUACGAACGGGAGCUGGAGGCCAUGAGACGCACUCAACAGCUCACCACCGAGAACCUCCUGGCCUGGAAGCGGACUGAGGUGGAGCUCCGAAAGGAGUUUCAGUUGCAGGAGGCUGCGCUGCAAAGGACUCUGGCAAAGCUGCGCGCCGAGCUCCAGAGAGCGCAGGAGGAAUCUAGGGAGAACAGAGAUAAGACAAACAGACUGCAGGCCAACAUGAACAGCGCUGAGUGCACAAUAAAGGAGCUGCACAAGCAGCUGGAGGAGGCCAUCCAGGACGGCGAGAUCUGGGUGAUGCAGCUGAAGGACACCGAGUACGAGCUGGAGUCGAGCCGGGAGCGCGUGCAACAGCAGGCCACCGAGAUCCUCCACAAAGCCAGUCAGAUCGGGUCGCUGCAGGCGACGCAGAUGAGCCAGGAGGCGACGAUGCGCGACCUGGAGUCGGAGCAGAACCGGCUGCGCGAGCGCAUCGUGGAGCUGGAGCACGAGAGGGAGCAGCUGCACACGCACAGCAAGAGCCUGGACGAGCAGCAGCGCCAGCAGAUCCAGGCGCUGGAGAAAACCCUGAUGGAGGAGAAGGAGAAGUACGAGUCGGAGCUGGCGCAGGUGAAGGCCAAGUACGAGGAGGAGGUGGAGCGUCUGAAGGAGACGCAGGCGCAGGCGCUCGACGAGCUGACGGAGAAACACAUCGCCAUGCAGGAGAGCGCACGCACCGCAGCCGAGAGAGAGAAGAACCAGAGGAUCGCUGACAUGGGGCAGCAAUAUGAGAUCCGGCGCAUGUCGCUGGAGGAGCAGCGGAACCACCUCCAGCAGCAGCUGGAGAACCUCCGCGAGGAACUCAACGCCAAACUCAGCAUCGCCAACCAGGAGGUGUCUCACCUGCAGGAGCUGGUGAAGGACGGCGAGCUCAAUCUGCAGUCGGCCCAAGGCCACAUCUGCUGUCUGAAGGAGACUCAGGAGAAGCUGCUCAUGGAGCUGGACGCCACCAGGUCUCGCGUGCGCGAGACCAGCAACAUGCUCACGGACCUCCAGGAGGAGAUCGAGACCCAGAAACAGCAGCAUGAUGCCAAGGUCAUCUCCAUCAAGACCGAGGAGAAGCAGAAGAUGGACAAAAUGGCCGAAGACCUGGAUAUGAAGUGGACAGCUGCUCUGAGGGCUGAGCUGGAGUCUCUGCGCGAGGAGCUGGGUGACGAGCACGAGGCGGAGAGGCAGGCCAGCCUGACGCAGCUCUCCCAGCAGAAGGACCUGGAGAUGAUGGCCGCCCGAGAGACCUGGCAGAGGAAGGUGGAGGACCUGCUGGAGCAGAUCUCGCUGCUGAAGCAGAGUCUGGAGCUGCAGUUGUCCCAGUCCAAGAGCGCCCUGCAGCAGAUGCAGUCCCAGUUUGCCCAGGAGCGCGAGCACCUGGCGCAGGAGAUGCAGGAGAUGACCCUGGACAACCAGCACCGCGAACGACGCCUGCAGGAGGCCCACUGCAUCGCCGUGCAGACCAUGGAGGAGGCCCGCCAACGCAACCUCAGGGACCUGGAGGACCGUAUGAAGCUGGAGCAGCGUGAGGAGCUGCAGGCUCUGCGAGAGGCGCACAGGCAGACGCUGGAGAUCCUGAGGCAGCAGUCGGAGCAGGAGCUGCAGACGCUACGCUUUGAGCUGGAGGACGAGGGCAAGGCCAUGCUAGCGUCCCUGCGCUCGGAGCUGAAUCACCUUCACGCCACGGCCAUCGAGCACCUGAGACAGGUGCACCAGCAGGAGAAUAAAGCCGCCCAGCUCGAGCUGGAGAACACGCUAGAACGCAGCAAGAACUUGGAGCAGGAGCUGUUUGGCCAGAUCUCGGACCUGCAGAAGGAGGUCACUUGUAGGAAGAAGCGCAUCGUGGACCUGGACCACGAGAUCCACUCGCUCAACGAGACCAUCAGCACGCUCACCAAGGAGCUGGAGCUCAAGGGCAAAGAGGUGCUGCGCAUCCGCAGCGAGGCCAACUUGCAGAUCAGAGCCCAUGAGCAGGACCUGACUAAGAGACAUGAGAGGGACGUGGGGGAGAUGAGCGUCUCCCACAACCGAGAGAAGCACAUCAUGCUGUCCGACUUCAACAAAGCCCAGGAGGUGCUCAAGGACAAGAUCUCAGCCCUGCAGAUCCUGCUGGAGGGCACGGAGGACAAGUUCCGGAACCGCGAGAGCCGGCCGGAGGACCUGCAGGUGAUCGCUGAGCUGAGGCAGAUGGUGGCGGAGAGGGAGGCUCUGGUGAAGAAACUGGUAGAUGAUAAGAAGUUUUAUCAGUUGGAGCUGGUGAACAGGGAGACAGGCUUUAAUAAAGUGUUCAACGCCAGCCCCAACGUGGGUGUGAUAAACCCUCUCAUUAAGCCCUCGUGAAACGGAGGACCCCGAUGUGGCCCCCAAAGAGCGGGAGCCGCUGGAGCUCUUCUCUCAAUACUUCUCUUUCUGACCCUCCAUUACGGCCGUCAACUCAAACGCAUGUGACGACAAGCAAACAAGCAACCAACCGACCAUCAACAAACACGCAGACACACACACAUCCACAUAAGCACCAUCACUCAGUGUGCCAUUCACUGUGAUUUUAUUUAUUUUUGUUUUUUUGUUUUGUUUUAAUUUCUGAUUUUAUGCAAUAUCAAGAGCAAGUAAUGCACAUCCCCCCUUUUUGUAAUACAAUGAAACGUUUUGUCAUAAACAUGCGUAUUUCUGUUGACACCUCUCAUACGAGGUGUCCGUAUAAUAAAUGUUGAUUGGACUGCAUUUGAAUAGAUUUAAUGGACCAUUACUGUUUAAUGUAAACAAUGUCUUGCCAGUUUUUGAACAAAUUGCACUAUAUAUAAAUAUAUAUUUAUAAUAAUCCUCUGUCUGUUAUGAGUAAUAAAAAC